AUGUGACACGUUUCAUGGAGUCCUGCAUUUUUAUCAUUCCCCCUCGGCACAGGUCGAAACGCAAACGAAAGUGGUACAAGUUGUGAUGGCGUUUUUAAAGGUUACUGCUCUUACAUUAUACAGUUUAAACGUAUCUUAUCAGCAGGCGGAAUAGAGUAGGUAGCUAGCUAAGAUAAUCAUUUUCAAGGGCGUUCUCCUAAAACGGUUGCUUGUCGUCACACUGUCAGUAGUACCACGAUGCGAGCGUCUUGUUUUGACAGCUCAAGGAUGACGAUAUUAAUCGUUCCUAACUAGUUAACAUUGCUUGCUAGCAUAUUUGUUUUUAUACCAAAUGCAAGAUAUUGAUUAGCAAAGCUAAAGAUGUCAGCUAGCUUGGCGUUAUUGAUUGCAAGAUAGCUAGCUAACCAUAAAAUUCAACGGCUUGAUUGGAAAGCGUUUAUUUCACUGUAUUUCUGUGCUAGUAAGCUAGCUAGCUGUCGGAUCAUUUCGAAAGCAAAAGUAGCUAACGUUACCAAUAUCAUGCUGUCAAUAUCGCUACCAUGAGGGUUUUCGAGACUGACACAAAUGUAUUUACAUUUACCCUAUAAGUAAUUUAUCUAUCUAUCUAGCUAGCUAGCAUUUCUUUAUCAAUAGACCAAGGCAAUUGUUUAUCAAACACAACCUUAUUUAGCUGAGUUAUCUAAAGAAGUUGCUAUGGUCCCAAUUUGGCACAACAUGAAGCCGUUAGGGAGAAAUUGGAUGAUAGGACUGGGUGUAGGAGCCACCGCGGGUGUAGGCUUGAUUACAUUAAUAAUCUACAAAGAAAUUAGUAGAAGAAGAUCUCAAACAUUAUUACUCCAGACCAACCCCACUGAGUACUUGAUAGACAGCCCAGAUGGAACACCCCACCACAUGGCGCCACAUGAAGAAGAGGCGGUGGCCCAGCAGCAGGCCCUGGCAGCGGUGGAGGCGGUGGUGCAGGGGCUGUCCCCUGAGCAGCAGGUGGAGCUGAGGAACCAACUGGAUGAGGUGCUGACCUGUGUGUCCUCCCUCCGCUUCGAGGUGGCCGAGCUCAGGACCGGCCUGCAGGACAUCGCCCAGCAGAUCAUCCAGGAUGUCAAGAAGGGUGUUGAGGAGAGCCAGAGGGCACGCAGACGUCGCCACGUCAUCAGCCAUCGGGAACGCACCGACUCCAUGAGCUCCAGCUCUAUCUAUUUCUCUGCCAGUCAAGGCGUGUACGGAGGGGAGACCAGCGAAGGAGGGUACUCCACCGCCAACGCUGAGUCGGACUACACAGAUCGGGACACGGAUCGGGAGACCGACAAGGAGGCGGAAAGAGAGCCGGAGGAGGAAUCCGAGGAGGAUGAGGACAAGAGCUGCGCCACGACCAUCACUCUACGCCAGGAGGACUCCCAGGAGGAGGGAGAGGAACCACAGGAGGAAGAAGAUAAUAAUGAUGAAGAGGAGGAGGAGAUGUUGGAGGUGAUGGCUGAAGUGCCAAGUGGGGAGUUGGCAUUACUCCUGGCCCAGAGUGAUAUCCUUCAUACGGGUGAUGCCAGGCUGAAGGCAGAGGGCUUCCAUCUGCUCCUUGCCAACAAGCUACAGUAUGGCGACAGCAGGGAGUUUCUAUGGCGACUGGCCCGUGCCUACAGUGACAUGUAUGAUUCCACUGAGGACAAGCAGGAGAAGAAGUUGUAUGCAGAACAAGGUCGUGAAGAAGCAGAAUUUGCUCUAAAGAAGAAUGGCCUGAAUGCGGAAUGUCACAAGUGGUUUGCUGUUCUCACAGGCCUCACCUCCCAAUACGAGACUAUGCAUGGAAAACUGAAAAGCAGUCACAUUCUCAAGGAGCAUUUAGACCGAGCGAUUGCCCUUAGGGACGAUGACCCACUGUGUUUCUACCUACUGGGGCGCUGGUGUUAUGAGGUUUCCACUCUUGGCUGGCUGGAGAGGAAGGCGGCAGCGGCCUUGUAUGACAAACCACCAACAUCUACUCUCCACGACGCCCUUGAAAACUUCCUCAAGGCGGAGGAGCUGAACCCGGGAUUCUCUAAGACAGUGAGACUUUACAUCGCCAAGUGUCACAAGGAGCUGGGGAAUGUGUCGGAGGCUAAAAACUGGGCCCUGUUGGCGUUGAAGACGCCUAGUGGCUCCAGUGAGGAGGAGGAUAGUGCUAAGUUGGAGGCGGAGCUGGGAGCCUUGAUUGACAAGGCGACUGAGCUCUCCCUCGCCGGUGGGGACAAAUAGGGCGGGACACAGCGGUUGCCACUGGAUGGCCAGUGGCAAACUAGUUCGCUCAUCACAAGCCACCCAAUCAGCUGUGUACUAGAAACAUUCACGACAAAUUUUCCCUCUCCUCAGUACGCCAAGUAGAUACGCAUCUUCCUAUCAUAUUUGUCACUGAAUCGAUAUGGAGUGAUCAAUUUAUAUUGGGAGUCAGUACCUUUUAAGAAUGAUCUUUGCCUUUUUCAUUUCCUUUUCACAAAUGUUCUUAGUAUGCUAUUAUCAUUUGUUUUCAAAGCACUUUUUCAUCUAACCAGUCACGGUACUACUGUAAUUUAGCAUGUUUCAGAGUCUCUUGCUAGUGUUGUUGACCAAAUGUGUGCAGAGUAACCUAGAUCGGACUAAUUCCCCUGUAUAGACUCCAGUGAAACAUCACCUCUACCGUUGUUUAGAUGGUGUAGUGAUGCAAUGUUGACAACUUAUCCUAAAUUUAAAAUCAAAUUGGAUCAAAACAUGUCCUGAAAAUCACUUAGCCUCACAGCUCACAUAGAUGGUAUGAUUAUUUAAGAUUUAUAGUGCGUAAUGGGUUUCAGUGAACUAAGCACAAGCCCAGUUUUAAGUCCAUGUAAUGGCAUUUUAGAAGGAGCAUGGACCCUUUCUUCUUAGGCUAACUACCUUAAGUACUUUUUUUUUGUCAUUUAGCGGACGCUCUUAUCCAGAGCGACUUGCAGGAGCAAUUAGGGUUAAGUGCCUUGCUC